AUGGCGCUAUUUGUUGACACAUACCUGCACCUCUACAUUUUGUUCUACUCCUCUUUCUUACUGCCUGUAUUUUCCUCUCUUUCCUUAUCUUGUGAAAUACAGAGAAAGUUUCAUCUCAAUGGGUUGCACAAGGCUGGCGAUGUGGUUCUGGGUGGGCUGUUUGAGGUCCACUACUCGUCUGUCUUCCCUGAGCUUUCCUUCACCUCAGAGCCAAAUCAGCCAAGGUGCCAAGGCUUUGAUAUUCUAGGGUUCCGGCAUGCUCACACCAUGGCCUUUGCUAUUCAUGAGAUCAACAGAAACUCCAACCUGCUCCCGAAUGUGACUCUGGGAUACAGUCUUUAUGACAACUGUGCCACACUUGGAAUUGCAUUUCGUGCUUCAUUGUCACUGGCUAGUGGUCAAGAGCAGCGGUUUCUUUUGGAUAAGACUUGUCUGGGGACCCCUCCAGUCCUGGGUAUUGUGGGUGAUUCAUACUCAACAUUCACAAUUGCCAUGUCGAGUGUGAUAGGUUUAUACAAACUGCCAAUUGUGAGUUACUUUGCUACAUGUCCCUGCCUGAGUGAUCGACAGCGCUUUCCAUCCUUCUUUCGAACAAUCCCAAGUGACACUUUCCAGGUGCGCGCUAUGAUUCAGAUUCUUAAACACUUUGGCUGGACUUGGGCAGGUCUGCUGGUCAGUGAUGAUGACUAUGGACUCCACGCUGCCCGAUCCUUCCAGUCUGACCUGGCUCAGUCUGGUGGAGGCUGUCUGGCAUACUUAGAGAUUUUGCCCUGGGGCAAUGAUCCAAUUGAACUUAGCAGGAUUGUGGAUUUGAUAAAAAUAUCCACAGCUCGUGUGGUCAUUGUGUUUGCACAUGAGAGUCACAUGAUUCAUCUCAUGGAGGAGGUGGUGAGGCAGAAUGUGACAGGCCGACAAUGGAUAGCAAGUGAAGCCUGGACAGCAGCUGCUGUGCUCCAGACCCCCCACCUCAUGCCAUACCUGGGUGGCACACUGGGCAUCGCCAUCCGUCGAGGAGAAAUACCAGGGCUCAGGGAAUUCCUCCUGCAAAUACGUCCUGACCAACACCACAACAACAGCUAUGGAAAUAGCAUAGUGAGGCAGUUUUGGGAACACACAUUUCAGUGCAGAUUUUCUCCACCUCCAGCAGGUUGGAUGGAAGCUGGGGGGACAUUAUGCACUGGACAGGAAGAUCUAGAGAGCGUGGAGACAGAGUUAUUGGACAUUUCAAACCUCAGGCCAGAGUAUAAUGUGUACAAGGCUGUGUAUGCUCUGGCGUAUGCCCUUGAUGACAUGCUGCGCUGUGUGCCAGGCAGAGGGCCUUUCAGUGGGCACAGCUGUGCUUAUUUGCAAAGACUGGAGCCUUGGCAGCUUGUGCAUUAUUUGCAAAAGGUCAAUUUCAACACAUCGUUUGGUGAUCAAGUAUCAUUUGAUGAGAAUGGUGAUGCCUUACCAAUAUAUGAUAUCAUGAACUGGCUUUGGCUCCCUGGUGAAAGAACUAAGGUUCAGAGUGUGGGUGAGGUGAAGAGGUCGGCCUUCAAUGAUGAAGAACUCACAAUUGAUGAACCACCCCAGUCAGUGUGCAGUGAGAGCUGCCCUCCAGGUACCCGCAUGGCCAGGAAGAAAGGCGAACCUGAAUGUUGUUUCGAUUGCAUCCCUUGUUCUGAGGGAAAGAUCAGCAAUAAGACUGACUCUAUGGAGUGCACCAGUUGUCCAGAGGACUUCUGGUCCAGUCCCAAGCGUGACCACUGUGUUCCUAAGAAAAUAGAGUUCCUCUCCUACCAUGAGCCUCUGGGUAUCUGCUUGACCACCACAUCAUUGCUGGGCACAUUUGUUAGUGCUGUUGUCCUGGUGAUCUUCACCUAUCAUCACAGCACACCCAUGGUACGCGCCAACAAUUCAGAACUCAGCUUUCUGCUUUUAGCAUCACUAAAAUUAUGUUUCCUGUGUUCACUGCUGUUUAUUGGUCGCCCCAGACUGUGGACAUGCCAGCUGAGACAUGCAGCAUUUGGGAUCAGCUUUGUGCUUUGUGUCUCAUGCAUCCUGGUGAAAACCAUGGUGGUUCUGGCUGUGUUCAAGGCCUCCAAGCCAGGAGGUGGAAACAGUUUGAAGUGGUUUGGUGCUGUGCAGCAGAGAGGGACGGUUCUGGCUCUUACAUCCAUCCAGGCAGCAAUUUGUACAACUUGGCUUGUUUCUUCCUCACCAACUCCUCACAAAAACACUCAAUAUCACAAUGACAAGAUAGUUUAUGAGUGUGCUGUCGGGUCCACAGUUGGUUUUGCAGUAUUACUUGGUUAUAUUGGCUUCCUGGCUAUCCUCAGCUUCCUGAUAGCAUUUCUAGCAAGGAAUCUCCCAGACAAUUUUAAUGAGGCCAAGCUCAUCACUUUCAGCAUGCUGAUCUUCUGUGCUGUGUGGGUGGCCUUUGUCCCUGCUUAUGUCAACUCUCCAGGCAAAUAUGCAGAUGCAGUAGAGGUAUUUGCCAUCCUGGCCUCCACUUUUGGUCUCUUGGUGGCACUGUUUGGACCCAAAUGUUUCAUAAUCCUACUCAGACCAGAGAGGAACACAAAGAAAGCUAUCAUGGGUCGGGGUACCCCAAAGUCAUAA